AUGCAAUUUAUUAAGGAUAUAUUCAAUAAAGUCGUAGGAACAUAAUAACCAUUAGUAGAAUAAGAGAUUUUUGAUUUUGUAAUUUUAGGAACAAUCUUUAAAUAAGAUGAAGCCAAAUAUACAAAAUUGUAUUUAAAUUUUGAUAUGCUUAGAUCAUCCAAUUCAGAAUUUGUGUUUGAUAAAUUAACAAAUGAUGAGUUUGAUCAUAUUCUGAUUGUUCGAUUACACAGAGCCUCUAAAUCUUAUAAUAACGCAGUUGGUUCAAAGGAAGGAGACUUUUAUUUUAAUAUUUCAUUUUUUAAAUCAAUACAAUAUUAACCGUUAAACGAUUCUAUAGAUGAGUUUAGUAUAGAUUUGAUAGACAUUAAAGGCAUUAAAUGGAGUGUAAGGAUCCAUUUCCCAAAAAACACAAAAUAAGACAAUUUAAAAAUUUUAAAUUUUAAAUUGUAUUUAAAUAAAUUAAUUUGGAUUCAAAAAACCAAAAAGGCCCUCCCAAAAAGUAUAACUGAACUAGAUAAUUUGAUUCCUUCAAAGUAAUGCUCCAAAUUUGAGAUGCCUAUUUAAGUACACUAAAAAUAAAUGAAUAACACCUACAUGAGAGUAGAUAGAUCAAUUUUAUCAUUAUCAACUACUAGAACUAUUUUAGAUUAAGAAACUAUAGGAGAUGUUAUCAAUUACCUUUUGCAGCAAGACGAUAACUCUAUAUAAUAAAUUUAUGCAGGUAAAUUAUAUAUACUCUACACAUCAUCGGCAGAAAUAAGGCUAAUAAGCCCUUUGGUCAUUAUGACUUUAAAUAUUGCAUCUAAUACAGAGAGUAGGAUAGAACUAUACAAUUAAGAUAGACAAUUACUAUUAAUUUAAUCGAUAAAAGAUUUAGCCAAUUUUUAAGUAGAUACAAUUGAGAACUUUCUAAGUUGGGUUAAUUUUGAUGGAUAAAAUUAGAUUGUUUUAUAUUUGAAAUUUGAUACUUUAGAUGGAGCUAAAUCUAUGGCUUCAAUUUUAUCGAAAUCAAAAAUAAGCAUGAGAAAGAAACAAAACUUAUUAUUAGAGACUUCUUCUUCAUUUAGUUAAAUUUCAAUAACUACGAUUAAUGUAAAUGAAUCGUAUAACUAAUAAGUUUAAUUUAAAAAAUAAAAGAAAUACAUUUAUAAAGAUGAUCUAUCUACAAUAAAAGGAGGUUUAAAGAAGGCAACUACUAAAAAGAUUUUAUAAAAUGAAGCUGAUACUCUAAUAAUUUUAGAAGAUAAAACGAUUUCAUUUAUCAAUUAUAAUAGAACCUAUUAAAUUAAUUAACAUAUUAAAUUUGAUAAAACAUAUUUUGACAGUAAUUCUAAAAAGUUAGUUUUAUAUAUAUAGUUUUAAUAUGUAUUACACAUAAUUGAUUUAGGAACUGAAACUCACGAUAUUAUUAAAUUAAAUUUUUAGAUUGCAGAUGUUUGCUCUUAUGAAAAGUAAUUUAUAUUAUUAGGUAAUUAAUCAGUAUAUGUUUUAAUUGAGGGGAAAUCUAUUUAAAAAAUUAAUGAAAUAGAUUAAAAUUUGAUUGAUAACUACCAAAUUAUAAGAUGCUCGAUUAAUGGAUCUAUUAUUAUAGGCAAAUUUUAAGGUUUAGUGCUUGUAUUUGAUAAUAUUUAAACGAUGAAAUAAGUAAAUACUUUCGAAGGAUUAGGAGAUCUUAUCCAAGAUAUUGUAUUAAGUACAGAUGAACAGUUUAUCAUAAUUAAUAAUUCUUAAUAUAUCCAAUAUUAGUAAAUAAUAACAAAUCAUUAGAAUGGUUAUAAGUAAAAGUUAGAUAUGAAGCCAUCUCCAAUUAUAAUUUAGUUACACCCUGAAGAUUUGAUUUUGAUGGGAAUAUAUAAUUAUCCAAAUUUUUAACAUGUUAGGAUGGAUAAAAAAAAUAAGGUUAUUGCAGCUUAAUUUGAAAACUUGCAAGUGAUCUGGAAUGUUUAAUAAAUAACUCAUCAGUAACAAAAUUCAUAUCAAAUUUUCAUCCUCCCUGAAGAAAUCUUUGAUCAGCAAUAUAGAGAAGAAGAUAUUAUAAUUCUUUCUGAAUCAAAGAUUUUUAUUAGAGAAUGUUCUUGA